AGAUAAGAGCAGAGGUCACUGCUCGAGAAAAUCGCACCAUCCAUGAAAUCACAAAUACCCAAAGCAAUCGUCUUCAAAAACUAGCAGAAUAUGAGAAAACAAUGAGUUUGGCAUCGGAGAGAAUACAGCAUUCAUUGGAGACAGCAAGAGAGGUGACAAGGACGGCAGCGGAUAGUGAGUUCCUCUCACUCUACGCAACAAUCAACAAAGACUUGAAAUUGUUGGCAGGUCAAACUAUUCCAAGAGUUGACAAGAAGCUUGGAUUUUUGAAGUUCAUGCCGAGUAAGGGCGUAGGUGACAUCUGUCUGGGCAAGGUGGUGACGGAAGGAAAGUGGGAGCAGCGAUGUGUGUUUGGUCGCAAGGGAAGCGGUCCAGGAAAGUUCAAUUGGGCUUGUGGCAUUGCUGCUCGUCAGCCUGAUGAGGUUGCAGUGGCUGACUGCUUGAACAAACGAGUUGUGACCUGCAGCAUCGAUGGUAACCAGAAAAGCACAAUCCCGAUGGAAAGACGGCCACGUGGCAUUGCAGCUACACGCACCGGCAAUCGGUUGGUGGUUGUUGAGGAGAACGCAUCCCACGUGAAAGUCUUUGACAAGGACAACACGCUGGCUUUCCAGUUCCCCACAGUGCCACCGAGUGAGGUCGGUAAGACCGCAGUGAACCUCCGGAGUGUAGCAGUCAAGACGGAUGGGACUAUUGUGGUUGGUGAUAUCAAGAGAAUGGUGCUGACCGAACACAGCCCCACUGAUGGCGAACUCAGAAGCACCAUCCCAGUCAAGAUUAAACCUCGUUAUGUGGCUGUUGACAGCAAUGAUCGAGUCGUAAUCAGUGACUGGGAACAGUUAGUCAGUGUUGUUGAUGGGAAUGGUGAUACACUGUUCACCAUCAAACCUAUCAUCAAUGGUGAGGUAGUUAGACGCUGUACUGGUGUAUGCGCAGAUAGCACAGGCAUCUAUGUUGCAAUGAAUAAUGUUGAUGACACCGGUCAUAUCCACCACUAUGACCCUCAAGGUGGUUUUCUCCACUGCAUCGCAGAGGGUCUGCACUGGCCCAUGGGAAUCACAUUCACAGCAGAUGGGCAACUGGCAGUUACAGAUGUGUACUCAGUGAAGAUUUAUGACUUUGUUUAAUGUAACACAAACAAAUCGAUUUCCUUCCGCUUUCUUCAGGAGGAAACAGCAGUAGCAUUAGUCGGAAAUGUUGCGGUGUAAACAACAUUGCAUUUAAUUUCAUCACUUCUUUUUUAUAGAAAAUAAGAUACACAAAGGUUUGCGUAGGCUUACUGCAUAGCAGAAAUGGAAAGCAAACUACAUUAAAAUUUCACUGAGAUGGGAUUCAAAAGUAUGGGAGCUACAUAAAGUGCUUUUUAUUUAAACAAAUUUCCUUUGUCGGUUUUGCAUUGUUAACUACAUUUUCUCACGACAUGUGAACUAUUUUCAUAGAUCCAUUUAACAGUAGUAAAUGUAUCCCAAUAUUGGUGAGUUAUGCCUACCGUGAGCGCUCACAGGAGAUAGGGGAAGUUGUUAGCUCGUCUCAUCAAAAGAAUCAUUCCCAUUUUAAUGAACACAUCUUGCAGGGGAUUAUCAAAUUGAGGAGAGUAUAAAAACUUAAAAAUAAUGUGUAGUCAAAUUGUUCUCAUUGAGAUUUACAUAAAAUUUUGAUUUUUAAAAGCUUACAUUGUGUGAGUAGUGGGAUAGCGAAGGUCUCAUCAUUUAAAUAGUGAAGUACAUUUGUAAAUGUCGAUGUGGAACUCACGUUUGGAGGAAUAUUCCCCUCAUAACUAAACUGUCCCUUUGUGUUGAACCGCCUUAUUCUUAUUUGCGGUUGAAUGUAUAUUACGAAUUAAUACCUCGUUAAAACAGGCCCAAUGUCACCAUUUGGAGGAGAGUUAUAUUGAUUCAUUUCCCUUUGCAACUCCUUUCGAAACAAAAUUCAUUUUGUUUUCUUUUGAACUCAAAUGAAGGUUUUGUUGAAGAUUUAAAUGAUGUUUUUCUCGGUGGCAGAGGCAAAAGCAAGAUGAAAAGUAGGUUAUAAAAAGCUUUAUUGACUAAUUGCUUAAUGUUCUUGGAUUUUAUUUACAUAGUUUUAAUUACUGACAGCAACAAUAUUCCACUGACAGAAUAUAAACGUUUUCAAAGACUAUGCCUGAGUAUUAUUUAAAGGCAACAUGACCUUUUCAUUUUGUAAAUGUGAAUAAUUAUCAUGACGUAGGUAAUUUACAUUGUAACAGUUAUUUCCAUACCCAUGGAUAACGUUGUUACUUUUCGGCUGACCUCCUUGAAUGCUUCCUGCACAAGGAAGGGUUGAACACGCAUCUAAACCUCUACCAAAUAAAAAAGCUAAGUCCCAAGACUCGUUUUGACAGUGGACAGAUUUACUGGAUUAUCCGUAUGGCUGUAUAGUUGCCCCUUGUACUAUGUAGUGAUAUGAAGUAAGCCGUACGUUAUCAGUAACCAAGAAGUCUUGUGGACGUAUCAAGAACCAGACCCGUAAUACGACAGCUCUCCAGGAAGUUUGUGAGAGAGCUGUUAAAGGGUGCCAUAAUUGAGGUUGUUUAAUUACUCCUGUUUGUUUGUUUGUUUGCGCGUGACAUAUGAUCUGGUUGUCAGUAACAAAAUCGUAUAGUCUAAAGGAAAACCCUCUUGGGUAUUUAAUGAUUUUUGUGAUAAAGUCUGAAGUGUAGGGACAUUGCUGUUGCAGUAUGAAUAAAAUUUACGUAGUCUGUGUUUGAUAGAAGAGCUUUGCACAUCGACUGCUUUUAUUUAAUGCUUUGUUCCUUUAAAAAAUGGAAUUUCUUCCUUCUAGGCUGUAGUUUCUGAGGGUGCCUGCAUGUAUGUAUGACAGUACCCCGGGUAGUUAGUUGGGUCAAUACAUCAAAGUUGAGUAUUACAAGCAACAAACAUCUGUGUCAUUGUGUCAUUGGCAAAGUCCGGUAGGUUUGAUGGAUUUUGUAGUUUUGACAGUGUUUAUAGGCUUUAAUAAUUUCAUAGAACUGUGCUUGAGUGAAAGCGAACUGACCAUUUCAAUUUUGUCCUGUGAAUGUGUAUCAUGACGUAGCUAUAAUAUGCGUUGUGCCUCGGUUAUUUGCAUAUCAGUGCCACAGUUGUUUGUGUUGACAUCCCAGUGAACUGCAAGCCUCCGGCGUAAAAACGGGUUGAACCAGUGUCUAAACCUCAUCAGAAAAAUAAAUUCCAAGAAUAAGAUUUAUCGUAAUAUUACACAGUUACCCCUUUUGCUAUGCAGUGAACUAAUCAUGAACACAGCUGGCUAUGUACGUUGCCUGUAUAGUGCAUUCGGUGUAAUGGACAGCCGUCGGGGUAGUAGCGACUCUAAUUCGAAACGGACUACAAUUUUUCUCUGGACUCGCCGUAAAGAUUAUUUGAAAGCGUAAUAUGCAUGGCCACAGUUGGGGUUGGAGACUCUCGUUUCGUGUCUGUGCACGACACAGCCAUUAUCUGACCGCCAAUGACGAAACUGUACAGUGUAAAGGAAACCCCCAAUAUGACUGUCGGCUUUCUAAGUUUCAUAAGAGAAUGAACAUUGCACUAUCUGA